AUGUGGAGGUUGACGACGGCGGCGGGAUCGGGGUUUCUUCACCAGCAUCGUUCGGUACUGCAACAAAGAGGUAUUAACAUUCCCUGGAAAUCUAGCAUCAGCAUUUCCCGCUUUUCAUCUCGAUUUGAGGAAUCGUAUAGAGAGCAGCUGAGAGUAGGAUUCGAGCCUGAUAAGCUAGAUGAAGCGAUGGAGUUGUUCGAUCGGAUGAUACAACUUCGUCCGCUUCCUACGAUUGUGGAUUUCACACAAUUAGUGCAUGGCAUAUGCAAAAUUAAGCGGUACGAUCAUGGAAUCCGCAUAUUCAAGAGGAUGGAACUCGCCGGAGUGGAUCAUGAUAUGUAUUCGCUCAAUGUGCUCAUAAAUUGUUUCUGCCGGUGCUCUCAGCAGCUCUUUGCUUUGUCUACGCUGGGCAGAGUGUUGAAAUCUGGCUACGAGCCCGAUAUGUACACCUUUAGCGCCUUGCUCAGGGGAUUUUUUAAGGAAGGAAGACAUAUUGAUGGUGUUCGUUUGAUGAAGCAGAUGGCUAUGGUGAAAGAUGGAUUUGAAGUAAGUGCAGCCACUUAUGCUGCAAUCAUAAACGGAUAUUGCAAGGCAGGGGAGACUGACGACGCCAUAAAAUCUCUUAGAAGAAUGGAGAGUGAGAAAGUGGAGCCAAAUGUUGUGAUCUACACCACAAUAAUUGAUUCUCUGAUGAAAGAGGAUAAAGUGGCUGAGGCAUUGCGUCUUUUCUGUGAAAUGGAAUCAAGGGGUAUCGAGGCCAAUGCUGUUACUUAUAACUCUAUAAUGAGUAGUCUGUGUAGGUUUGGAAGGUGGGAUGAUGGGAACACUUUCAUGACGGCAAUGUUGGAAAGGAAGAUUGAGCCUACAGCUGCCACUUUCAACUUUAUAAUUGCAGCUUUCAGAAAAGAGAAGAGGUUUCUGGAAGCCUCAAAUUUCCUUACAAUGAUGACUGAUCUAGGUGUAGCUCCUGAUGCAUUCACCUAUACCGCUCUGAUCAAACACCAUUGUGAAAAGAAACGCAUGAAAAAAGCGAAGGAUGUCUUCGAUAUGAUGGUUACAAAAGGGUGUCAGCCAAAUACCGUCACUUACAAUAACCUCAUCGAGGGAUAUUGCCAGAGGAAAAGGAUGGAAGAUGCCAUGAUAUUAUUCAAGGAGAUGUCUAAAAGAGGAGUUGCUCAUAACAAAAUCACAUUUACGUGUAUGAUCCAAGGUUACUGCAAUGUGGGAGAAGUCAAUAAAGCUGCUAAAUUGUUUGAUCAGAUGGUGUUACAUGGGUUGACUAUGGAUUCUGUUGUCUUCAAUGUGUUGAUAAACGGCUUGUGCAAUGUUGGAGAUAUAGACAAAGCUCGUUGCUUGUUUGAGGAUAUGGAAAAGAGGGGAAUGUCUCACCCUCAUGAGACCCUUUAUGUUACAACAACCCUAAUCAAAGGCUUGUUUAAUGUUGGUAGAAGCGAUGAGGCGUGGGACUUGUUCUGCAGCCUUCCGCUCAAAGGAGUGAAGCCUGAUGUGCAAGUGUAUAACUGCAUCAUUUCAGGGUUUAUGAAGAUGGAAGGUGGGUUUUCUGAUGUGAAGAAGGUUGCACUGAAAAUGAAAGAUGAUGGGAUUUCUCCCAAUGCUGACACCUACAAUAUCACAGUCAGAGGUCUUUUUUAUCAAAAGGAGUAUGGUUUAGCUGCUCAAAUUGUGAAAGAGAUGAAAGCUGGUGGCUUUGAAGAAGAUGGGAUCACCAUGUCACGCAUUCAUAGGCUGGAAGCAUGGGAGAAAAGCAUCUUUAUGAAUUUGAUUGCUUAA